CCAUUUCUAUGCCCAGACGGUUUCAUAAUCUGUCCGUGUGUGCACACCACCUCAACACGUGGAAACAUCAAAGUGACCAGACCCUGCUGCUGAGCUGUGAUUGGACAGUCACUGUUCAUGGGCGAAGUUUAGAGAGUAAUGGUCAGUUGCAGACACACUUCCUGUUUGAUGAAGGAAGCUAAACAUUUUAAACAUUUCCAUCGUCGACUGAAUCACAGCUUAUGAGGAACAAACACACGCUCUGGUAUUUCUCUACUUGUGAGGACAAAAUGAUUUGCUAAGGCCCAUAUCCUAACCAUCACACACCCGUAAACAUUUCAUUUUGAUCUUAAACUGAACCUGAUUCUGACUUGAACUCUCAUUUAUUUUUAUAGAUGUAAGAGCCAGAUGUCCUCACAGCCAAGGUCUGAAGCCAAUCCUCACAAAGAUAGACAUGCAAGAGUCACACACACACACACACACACGCACACACGCACACAGACAUCUGGGUUCCAUCAGCACAUUAGCAGCAGUGAGCUCAGAUAACACAAACAGAUUGCUGAGAGUUUAAGCGCUGAUACUACCACUACAUCUACUACUAUUUUAAAAAGUACUGUUACUGUCCUGUAAAACCACCAACCACAGAAUUGAUAGAGGAAGAGGAAGAGGGCUGCAGCUGUCAGGAGAAUCAGAAACCACUCAGCGGGAGAAGAAAAAAAGCUGUUUAACAGUUUGCGUGUUGUGCCAGCUGGGUGAAGAGAAACACAAAGAAGAAGAAGAAGAAGAAGAAGAAGAAGAAAAGGUGUCAAAUUUGAAGGAAAAGAAGAUGAGGUGUUUUUUGGGGACUAUGAUCUUUGUCUCUCUGCUGUCGUCCUUGUGCAGUGUCUCUCCAUCUUUUCGUCCUCCAGAUGAAUGUUCCGGCAUGUCUGUCCGUCUGCGGGCAUUCAAGCUGAAGACAAACUGUAACUUCACCACUCUGAAGGACAAGCAGCUGAAGGAGAUCCAAGCUCCGACCACUAAUCUGUACCUGCCGGUCCUCUACCUGCUGGCCUUCAUUGUCGGUCUGCCCUCCAACCUGCUGGCUCUCUGGGUCCUGCUGUUCAGAACCAAACCGCUGCCGUCCACCAUGCUGCUCGUCAACCUUACUGUUACAGACUGCCUGCUGCUGCUGGCACUGCCUUUCCGCAUCGUGUACCACUUCAGAGGAAACCACUGGGAGCUGGGUGAGCCUUUCUGCCGAGUCGUCAUGGCCAUGUUUUAUGGUAACAUGUACGGGUCUGUACUGUGCCUGUCACUGGUGGCUUUGGACCGAUACAUCGCUUUGGUUCACCCUUUUGGUGCCAAGACGCUGCGCAGCCGGCGGACUUCUCUGUACAUGACAGCUGCGGUGUGGGUGGUGGUGCUGGCUGCCAUGCUGCCACUGUUGGUCUCGCAGCAGACCUACGUAUUGGACGAGCUGCAGAUCACCACCUGCCAUGACGCUCUACCUGAGGAGGAGCAGGAAAACUUCUUCCUGCCGUACUUCGCCACCUUGUUCACUCUCUGCUUCCUGCUGCCCUUCAUGGUCAUGCUGUUCUGCCACGUUGCCGUGCUGCGCACCCUUCUGGCCGAGGGCAAACGCUAUGGUCACGCCAUCCGGGUCACGGUGCUGGUCCUGCUGGUGUUCAUCGUGUGUCUGAUACCAAGCAAUAUCCUCCUCCUUCUCACUUACUCAGACAGUUCGCUGGAUGGUGAUGGCGAGGACCUCUAUGUCCCCUACAUGGUUAGCUUAGCAGUUAGCACCUUCAACAGCUGCAUCGACCCCUUCAUCUUUUAUUUUGUGUCGGCGGAUUUCAGGGAGAAGGCCAGAAGUGUUCUGUGUUGCCAUGGGGACCCAGAAGACAAACCAUCUCUCUCUCUGGGGAACAACGUGUCCUACUCAUCAUCAUCAUCAGGCCUGAGGUCAAAGGUCACCCUGCUGACCAAGUCCAGUCAGGAUGGGACUUCUGAAACAGUGCCUCUGUAGCUCACUGAAGCAGAGAAAAGGGAAUUAAAAAGGUGAGAAGAAGCUGCCUACGGGAAUGGAGCCAGCGGGGCGAUGAAGCCAAACAAAGAGGAUGGAUUUCAGAGUGAAGACUAAACCUUCCUAAAUCAGUUAGUGCUGAUCCCAUCCUGACGUCUAAUCUGCUCAUCAGCUCAGGGGGAGGAAAACUGAUCGGCUAAAUGUUCGUCCCUUAAGUGACAAAAUGCCCCGAGGUGUCUCACACAUGCAGACACAGCUGCAGACCUCCUCGUUCGAGUUCAACACAAGUCCAAGAGCAGAUUUGUUAGAGUCAAGUAUAGAGACAGUGGUCAACUACAGUUAGUCUGUUUUAAAGCUAAAACGUCCCUUUGCAAAACAUCAAAAUGAUGUUGAUGUUUGUGAGACUGAUGUUUAAAAAAGGUCAUCGUGUGUUCACACGCAGGCCAGAAGGCUCUCAUUUGAAAUCUGCAUUCAGCGUCUAGACUUAAAUUUAGAACCAAAGAACACAAAAUGUUACUAAAUAUGUUUUGUCUUUAUUUUUCUGUGCACAUGUUCUCACCAGGACUGCCUUGCCUUAUAUCACAACCACCACCCCUGACAAUGUUGACGGUCAGUAAAAUCACUGAUACUGAACCCCUGAGAAACACACAGAGAAAAUGUUUCCGUUAAGUGAAGCUCAAAGUUUAACAGAAAAUCAUCCAAAUAAAACAUGACCGAAUGCGUGUUGCCCUGCA